GCGCCUCUUCUAUUCUGGGUUGCAGUUGAUUGCGGUUGGCUCAGACCGAGUUGUUUUGCCUAGCAUGAGUCAGCACUGCCCUGGGUAAACUGUCGGCUCUGUUGCAAUCUUGCUUACCAAAGAUACGUCCCCAGGCGGCACCAUUCACUCUGCCUGAAAGCCGCUGCUGUUGGUUGCUGAAAUGAUCUCAUCUGAACAUGGCUCCAACGAGCUCAGCCUCAGGAACUGGGGGCAGUUUCCUUUCUGCUGUGGCAAUGUUUUGAGACAGGCAAAAAUCAGGUUUUAUCAUGUGGGCAACCUGCUGCAACUGGUUCUGCCUGGAUGGACAGCCUGAGGAGGUGCCAGCAUCCCAGGGGGCCAGGACACAAGCCUAUUCCAACCCUGGGUACAGCUCCUUCCCUUCACCGACGGGCUCAGAACCAAGCUGCAAGUCCUGUGGGACCCACUUCACCAACAUGGCCAGGAAGCAGCAGACCUGCUUGGACUGUAAGAAGAAUUUCUGCCUGACCUGUUCGAACCAGGUGGGGAAUGGGCCCCGCCUCUGCCUGCUCUGCCAACGGUUCCGAGCCACAGCCUUUCAGCGUGAGGAGCUCAUGAAGAUGAAGGUGAAGGACCUGAGGGACUAUCUCAGCCUCCAUGACAUUUCCACGGAGAUGUGCCGGGAGAAGGAAGAGCUGGUGUUCUUGGUGCUUGGCCAGCAGCCUGCAGUCCCACAGGAGGGCAGGACUCGUGCCUUGUCCCCGGACUCGCCCGAGCAGCAGGCCUUCCUGAGCCAGCCGCACGCCAGCACAAUACCUCCUACCUCGGCCAGCCUCCCGCCCUCCCCUGCACAGGCCACCUCUGUUCCCCCAGCCCAGGCGCAGGAACGCCAGCAGGCCAAUGGCCAUGUGUCUCAGGACCAAGAGGAGCCCGUCUGCCUGGAGGGCACAGCCACAGCAUCUGUUGAGGAUGAGACCCAGUCUCUUGACUCAGAGGACAGCUUUGUCCCAGGCCGGAGGGCCUCUCUGUCUGACUUGACCCACCUAGAGGACAUUGAAGGCCUGACCGUGCGGCAGCUGAAAGAGAUCCUGGCUCGCAACUUCGUCAACUACAAAGGCUGUUGUGAGAAGUGGGAGCUGAUGGAGAGAGUGACACGGCUGUACAAAGACCAGAAAGGACUGCAGCACCUGGUAUGUGGUGCUGAAGACCAAAAUGGGGGAGCAGUACCAUCGGCUCUGGAGGAGAACCUGUGUAAGAUCUGCAUGGACUCACCCAUUGACUGUGUUCUGCUGGAGUGUGGCCACAUGGUAACCUGUACCAAGUGUGGCAAGCGCAUGAAUGAAUGCCCCAUCUGCCGGCAGUAUGUGAUCCGAGCUGUGCACGUCUUCCGGUCCUGAAAGUUUGCGUCAGCUUCUUCAGUGCCUUAUAGGGACACAACCUAGGACAUCUGGGUUCAGGGUUGGCCAGCUCACAGAGAAGCAGGCUAACAGAAGAAAAUCUGCAGUGUUCCCAAGACCAGGGCAGACAAAGGUGCAGUGUUACCCUGGGCAUGCUUGUCUUAUAACAAAGGGUGUACCUCAUGGCUGGUAGAGCCCAAGACCAGCUGGAACUGGUACAAAGGACAUGGUGAGUCCCUGACUGACCGUCUGGCAGUGGUGAUGGUAACUGAUG